AUUUGUGCUGUUUAGUCGUAAACACUAAAAUAAAAGUCAAUGUCAUUGAUGACAUUAAACAGCUGACAACAGCUGAUUAUUUGAAUGAUUGUUUUCGCUUGUUUUAUGCGCAGAUAAGUUAAAAAUAAUCUAAAAAUAUUUCCAAAAUUAGGGACUAAUAACAUAGUGUUUAUUUUAUUUUAAUUACCAGUGUAGAAAACUUCCACAAUGUUACGUCAGACUGGAAAAAGUUGGGUAUCUUCACCUCUUGGGACCCACCUACUACUGGCAAUCUCCAAGAAUGAAAACUCGCUAACAAAGAAAUAUGUGCAGAUAGAAGAAACCAUAAGGAAGAAACAACAAUGUAGAGCAAUGAAUAAAAUUUUUUAUUCAAACACAAUCAAAAUUGACUUUCAAGAUAUAGAAAAAAAUGUUCGCAAAAUCAGUUUAGAGAUGGGUGAUAGUGUUGGUUUUAAAGAGUUUUGUGGGAAUUUUGUAAAAUCAGAUACAAAACUGCUUUUAACAAAUUUGUGCAGUUAUGAAAAUAAAUGGAAUAAAAGAGAUAUUGUAUCCAGUGGUACAACUAUGAAAGUUUAUAACUCAUUUACUUAUACCGAAGAUAUUAAAUAUGAAGCAAGGCUUUUAGAAUUACCAAUGAAAAAUGAUUUCAAGUUAGUGAUAAUUAUCCCUAAUGAAGUUGGUAUUUUGUGUAAUUUAUUUAACAAAUUAUACAACAAUGGCUUAAAAGCAGCAAUUAUAAGCACACAACCUCUUUUUACUACCUUCUAUGAACUGAAGGCACCGAAUAUUAAAUUUUCUUGCACUCCUGAUAUGGUACAGCAUUUCUCUUACAAUUGCUGGGCGACGACUGAAUACGGAAAUGUUAAAAUAGAUGAAAACGGAGUUUCAAUAAAAGUUAUUACUCAUAUGAUUCCUUCAAAUACUAAACCAAGAGAAUGUCUAAAUUUAGAACAACACGAACUGAAUAAGACGUUUUUCUUCGGACUAGUCUAUGAAGAUACGCCAAUUUUUACCGGCCAGUACGUUAAUAUAGAAUAAAAAAUAAACAAAUAUUAUUACUAUUGUAAUUUAUCCACGACAAGA